UAAAAGACGCCCAGAAGACAGCGCGGCGUUGGAUUAAAAUAUACGGGGCCGAUAACUGGAAGGAGAGCGGGCAAGGUUUCGCGUUAAUGGGAUGCGGUGAAGUUGUAGACACAUGAGAACACAUUUAAGGCGCUGUGACCGCAGCGUAUGUGCAUCAUGUGAACGGUUCAAAGCCAUCGAGAUGCUGAAGGCAAUUUCAUCGACGUAAGACGCUUUGCAGGAGUCGAGUAAUAACGGGAGCAUAAGGAAUACCGGAUAUCAGUUUACUUGAAGCUGAGCCUAUUAAAACACGGUGAGCCGUACGCAAUCGUUCACUCGGAUUUUUUUUAUUACUAGGGAAGCACUCAGAAUUCAUAGGGCUGCAUUAUGAAUGCACAGUGAACAGCGAUGCAGUAGGGGAGCACUCUCGGUCGUGUGUUUAUGGCACAGUUGCAUUUUUCUGGUAAACAACCGUGUUCUCGUAAACCACAUACGAUGCCCAGUUUUGCUGCGGGAACAAUGUAGCGACUGAAGUUUCACGUUACGUGCGUGCAUUGCACCGAGGAUAUUCGAGCACAUCGGAUGCCGAGCAACGGGUCCGAUAUAUGCCCGUGCGGGUCAACUUGCUUUCCUAGUACUAGUACAUAUAUACAUAUACAUAGCACAGACGUGAACAGUGAGCAGUUUUGAAUGCUGUCUCGACAAACAAUUCCACGAUCGCAGUUCCAUCUCCCGUCUCGGCCAGCGAAGUGUGAUCUUCAUUAUGAUGGAGCCCAGACAAGCGGCAGCUCCUUGGAAUAUCCAAUAAGUUUAUAGAGCGUCUCUGGAGACCGCACGGCGCUGAAUUAUUAGUGGUCUGCAACGAACAAAAAAAAACCCGAUUCGGAUAACAACAGUGGUUUACGGGCAUCACUGCGAGACUAGAACUUGACAUUCGCCGAUUGAGUAAACUCAAGAUGGAGACCACAUUGUGCUGCGGAGGCAGCUUAAUGUCUUCGAUUUCAAGAUGGAGUAGUGCCAUUUCCUUCCUUAUCCUCAUCGUGUUGACUGCCGUGGGGGAAGGUACCUCACCGAAACAAUUCACCAUGCCAGGAGAGACGUGUGGCUACAUCGUCGACAACGGCGAUCAGUUCAAGGUGGUUUCGCAGCAGAUUCAACUUGGAGACGAACCGGAACAGACAUCGUACCUCGCCAACGUCAGUUGCACCAUCACCUUCCGUACCCAACGGGGCAAGCGGAACUUCUUGAGACUCUCCAGUUUUGAGGUCGAGACGUCCAGAUUUUGCUCAAGGGACGGUCUUUACUUAUACGACGGCGGAAGGGAGGCGACCGACAAGCUACUGUCGGCCAACAAGCACGCCCUCUGCGGCACCACGCUGUCCCUGCCCAAUUAUUUCGUCUCUACAGGUCACGAGGUCACGCUCAAGUUCGUCACGGACGGGAGUAACAACUCUUUCCGCGGCUUUACGGUGCUCAUCACGCCAUUUGCGGAGAACGAGGACUGCGACGGGUUCAUCUGUCACAUGACCAAGCGGUGCAUCACCAAGGAAGCCUCGUGUAAUAAGGAAUACCAGUGCGAAGAUGGUUCAGACGAACCACCAAACUGCCACCUUCGAAACGCAGGUUUCCGACCUAGCUCUACGUGGUGCAGUUGGCCACUUCUCUUAUCAAGCUGUUUCAUGGUUGCGUGCCAGUGGAUGCUAACCGGCACCAGACCAAUUCCAUGAAUGUGUCAUCACACGAGGCCUAUCAGCAACACGGUCUCGACGUAGUCUCCUUAAUAAAAACAAGCAGAGUUGCUUUUCACGCGGGACAUUUUUCUCGAUGUUUCCACGAGAAUGUUUCAGACUGCAACUUGUCCAUUGAAGGCCAAUGGAUGCAGUUGAUGAGGAAGCUGCUGAUUGAGAUAAAGAGGCUGAAUGUAUGAUUUAUUGAAGAUGUUGAAAUCGCGAUCCUAUAUACGAUAGAUAUGAUUUCCCAGCCGCAUAGACUUGUUUUCUAUAAUAAACCAAAUCGGUAUUCCAACUGCGCUCGUGUUUAUAAACAAGAGUUUUCCGACAAAACGCUUGUUCUUGUUGGAACACGCGUACAGCGUGUUUUUGCUGCAACAUGUAACACUUAAUACAGGCGCGUAGCCAGGGUAUGUUUGCCCAUUGCAAAAUAGCAUUUGUCGUCCCUGUGAUCCAUUUAAAAUCUCCUUCCCGUUGCAAUCUGCCACUCUGCACCCCUCCUGGCUACGCCACUGACGUAACAUGUUCCACUGAAACCGUUCAUAUUCCAUAGAGCAUUCCAAGUGUUCCGUAGCGUUUUGGGCGUAAAGUGUUUUUUCUCUUCUGCGAACAUACGUAUUUCCACCUUUAAACACUCAGGUCAAAUUUCAUAGUAAACAAGUUGAGUCUUUGGAAGAUCUCAAGUUCUUGCUUUCUCAAUGCUGCUGAUAAUAAUAGGGCUAAACUUGGACUUUUUGAUGGAUGAAACUCAAGACAUGAUUUUGUGAUGUUUCGCCACAGCUUCAAGUUAUUUAUUGCCAACUUAUUCGUCUGAUAUUGAAUUGGUUUGGGCAAGCUGGCAUUAGGAACAUGGGGCUAACAGGCCCGAAGCAACAUAUCAACCACACAAUCCGUGGACACUCAGUCUCAAGCUCUUGCUUUCCCGGUGCUUCUAAUCACAAACCUAUGGGAAUGUCUCCCUAGGCUACAAUUUUCCGUAAUAAUAAUUUAUUAUGGAAGAUAUGUUUCUCCGAAUGGUGUAUACACAUGGAAAUCGCCUGAUAUAGAAAUUGUUAUGGCAGACACAGAACUUUGGUCAAUGCAAACGGAUCGUCCCUUUUCCAACCUCUUUGAAAAGCUUUUUGAAAAACUUUUUGAAAGUUAGGACAAACUUCUAAGCGUGAACAAUGUAUUACCCUGAAUAUAGAUGUACAAUGUAUAAACUAAUAUGUUUAGAAUGUAUACAUAAAUUAUAAUGUAAAACAGGUGCCGUUCUAAAAUACCUUUAAAAGAAAAUUGGCUUCACAUGAGUAGAGAAAAAUCUGAAAAUUGAAAGAGUUUUCAUAUAAAACUUCUUUUUUUUACGUUUAGGGGAUAAUUGAAAAGCUAUGCACGUUUCUGGAAAAUUUAGGUAAUUUUUUUUAUUUUUUGUUUAAUUCUUUGUGACAAUUUUCGGAACAUUUCAGAGGAAAUGGAGACAUUUUUCAAAUUUUGCAGUGCCGACCUCCCCCACCUGUUGACACAACACUAAUUUUCCCCUAGAUAAGUAUUUCUCUUUUGAAAUUUUAAGAUGAUGAAUUUGGCAUCGACAUGAACUGUGAUUUUUAUGACAGGUCUAAGAUUUUUUUUUUUUUGGGGGGGGGGGGGUU